ACUGCUCUAAACAUAGCGUUACUUCUUUCAGGUGAGGGGGAGAGUAUUUCAAGGUACAAACGAAGUGUUUCAUCUGUAAAUUCACGCACAUCACCACGAACAACAACCUCUGAUGUACAGCGACUCCUUAGAGAGGAGCUCAGCCAACUGCAAAAACAAAUCUGUGCUAGAGAUCACGUGUUAUGUCGAAAAGGACCAAAAGGGAACCCAGGCCGUCGCGGUAGACCUGGCCUGCGUGGAAGAACAGGGAGACCUGGACCCCAGGGACCACCGGGUAAGCACGGCCCCGUGGGACCUCAAGGACCAAUCGGGUUAAGGGGAGAUCCGGGAUUACCGGGGGAUAUAGGACCUCCAGGCCCGAGAGGCCCCCAGGGAGCCCAGGGCGAGAAAGGAGAGACCGUCUCAGCUCCUUUCUUUCAGGAGCCUCUCGUUGGAAUGACAGUAAAUGAAGGACAAACAGCAUUCCUGAAGUGUACAGCAGACGGUCAUCCACCUCCAUGGGUCACAUGGUCCAAGAUCAAUUCGUCACUUCCAGUUGGGCGUCACGUGAUAGAGUCCAGUGGCGCUCUGAUUGUAAAGAAGGUGAAAUCAGAAGACGAUGGAGUUUACAGCUGCAGAGCGGAAAACCUGCUGGGAAGUAUGAGCGCUUCAGCAAAGUUAACAGUGCAAUUUGCUCCUCGGGUUUCAAUCUCCCCUAAUCAACUGAUGGCUGAGGAAGAGCGAACUAUCAACAUCGCCUGUAGUGCAUCUGGCCAGCCGCGACCCACUAUCACGUGGUCUAAAUCGAUCGGCAGUUUACCUGAGAGAACAACCGUAAACAAUGGUACCUUGAAAAUCAACAACGUGUCAAGAAAGGACGGUGGUAUAUAUAUCUGCAAAGCAGACAAUAUCCUGGGAACAGCGGUAACGACAGCUCAAUUGAUGAUAUUCUCUCGUCUACGGUUUAAAGUUCAUCCUCCAGCAUAUCUGACAGCUCUAAUUGGGUAUCCUGUGCGACUACCUUGUGUGGCAGAGAGUAGCCUGAAGCCAACAAUCACGUGGAUGAAGGAUGGAAAGCCGUCACUUCCUGUAGACUCCAGUACUCUUCAAAACAACACUCUUGUCAUUUCCAGUGUCAAGAAAUCACACGAGGGAUCUUACACCUGUAAAGCGACCAAUGCUUUGUCUUCUAUACAAGCAAGUGUUCAGGUUAAUUCCAAGUUCCUUUCUUCCUGUUCUGUGAUACGGAAUUACGUCAGCAAUUCUAGUGGAAAUUACGUCGUUGAUCCAGACGGUGCGGGUGGCCUGGCGCCAUUUACAGCCUACUGUGACAUGAGUGACAAGGGUGGUGUUGGCGUGACAGUAAUUAGUCACGACAGUGAAAGCAGAACAUUGGUGGAUGGAUAUGAUGAUUAUGGCUCAUACUCACGCAGCAUUCACUACUCAGGAGCAAGUCUAUCCCAGCUGGCCAGUCUUACUGACGUCUCUUCAAACUGUGAACAGUUCAUUAAAUAUGAGUGUUAUCACUCUCUAUUCACAUUUGAUAGUACCCCUCAUAGCUGGUGGGUGUCACGAGAUUCUAGUCGGAUGCAGUACUGGGGCGGAGCGUCGCCUGGAAGUAAAAACUGCGCAUGCGGAAUGACCAACUCGUGCGCAGAUCCCAGUCAAGCGUGCAACUGUGACAAGAAUGACGCUGUAUGGCGCGAGGACAGCGGUCUUCUCACUGAUAAGUCAGCACUUCCGGUCAAAGAGCUCAAGUUUGGAGAUACAGGGACAUACAGUGACGGUACUGACGAGAAGGGUUACCACACACUCGGAAAAUUCAAGUGCUAUGGUAUAGCUCACGAGAAAACUCAUGCUCAUAUUCUAAUUGCUAAACAUAGUCUAAACAUAGCGUUACUUCUUUCAGGUGACGAGGGAAGUAUUUCAAAAUACAAACGAAGUGUUUCAUCUGUGUAUUCACCGACAACAGCGCAAACAACAACCUCUGAUGUACAGCGACUCAUAAGAGAAGAGCUCAGUCGACUGCAAGACCAAAUCUGUGCUAACGAUCACAUGUUAUGUCGAACAGGACCGAAAGGGAACCCAGGCCGACACGGUAGACCUGGCCUCCGUGGAAGAACAGGGAGACCAGGACCCAAGGGACCACCGGGUAAGCACGGUCCCGUGGGACCUCAAGGACCAAUCGGGAUAAGAGGAGAUCCGGGAUUACCGGGGGAUAUAGGACCUCCGGGCCCUAGAGGACCCCAGGGAGUCAAGGGCGAGAGGGGCAAGACUGUCUCAGCUCCUUUUCUUCAGGAGCCUGUCGCUGGAAUGACAGUCAAUGAAGGACAAACAGCAUCCCUGAAAUGUACAGCAGACGGUCAUCCACCUCCACGGGUCACGUGGUCCAAGAUCAAUUCGUCACUUCCUGUUGGGCGUCACGUGAUAGAGUCCAGUGGUGUUCUUAGUGUAAAGAACGUGAAAUCAGAAGACGAUGGAGUUUACAGCUGCAGAGCGGAAAACCUGCUGGGAAGUGUGAGCGCUUCAGCAAAGUUAAUAGUGCAAUUUUCUCCGCGGGUUUCACUGCCCUCUAGUCGACUAGUGGCCGAGGAAGAACAAACCAUCAACAUCGCCUGCCGUGCAACUGGUCAGCCGCCACCUACUAUCACGUGGUCUAAAGCUAUCGGUAGUUUACCUGAAAGAAGAACUGUUAAUAACGGCGUCUUGAAAAUCAACAACGUGUCGAGAAAAGACGGAGGAACGUUCAUAUGUAAAGCGGAAAAUAUUCUGGGGGGAGCCGAGAAAACCAUUCAGGUGGUAAUAUUCUCUCGUUUGCGUUUUAAAGUUCGUCCUCCAGUACAGUUGACAGCUGAAAUUGGGCUCCCUCUCCAUCUACCUUGUGUGGCUGAGAGCGACCUCAAACCAACAGUAGCGUGGAUGAAGGAUGGAAAGCCGUCAUUCCCCGUAGACUCUCGCAUUCUUCAAAACAACACACUUGUCAUUUCCAGUGUCAAGAAAUCGCACGAGGGAUCUUACACCUGUAAAGCGACCAAUGCUCUAUCUUCUAUACAAGCAAGUGUUCAGGUUAAAUCCGAGUCCUCUUCCUGUUCUGUGAUACGGAAAUACGUCAGCAGUUCUAGUGGAAAUUACGUCAUUGAUCCAGAUGGCGAGGGUGGCCUGGCGCCAUUCACAGUCUACUGUGACAUGAGUGACAAGAAUGGUGUUGGCGUCACAGUUGUUAGUCACGACAGUGAAAGCAGAACAUUGGUGAAUGGAUAUGAUAAUGGCGGUUUGUACUCGCGCAGCAUUCACUACUCAGGAGCAAGUCUAUCUCAGCUGGCCAGUCUUACUAAUGCCUCUUCAAACUGUGAACAGUUCAUUAAAUAUGAGUGUUAUCACUCUCAAUUGAGAGCUCUUAGCUGGUGGGUGUCACGAGAUUCUAGUCCGAUGUGGUACUGGGGCGGAGCGUCGCCUGGAAGUAGAAAGUGCGCAUGCGGAAUGACCAACUCGUGCGCAGAUCCCAGUCAAGCGUGCAACUGUGACAAGAAUGACGCUGUAUGGCGCGAGGACAGCGGUCUUCUCACUGAUAAGUCAGCACUUCCGGUCAAAGAGCUCAAGUUGGGAGAUACAGGAGUAUUCGAUGGUAUUGACGAAAAGGGUUACCACACACUGGGAAAAUUGAAGUGCUAUGGUAUAGCCCACGAGUAGAAUAGAAUAACAAUAACUUUGAUUUGACAGCACCGAAGAUCAAUGAGUCGUUUAAAAUUCCUUCUUUCCUAAUUUUAGAUGGAACCAAAAAAGUGAUUCUAUUCCUGUUGUUUGUGUCAGGAUAAUAUAAAUCAUAUAAAGCAGCCACAUGGUUUUAAUUUAGUACUAAACAGCAGGAAUAAAAUCAACACAACUGCAGUCCAAA